AUGGAAAUAGAGGUAUUAAUCAUUUAUGAUGCACAAAGUGAGAAAGAAUGCGGGGAAAACGAAGUUAAAAGCGAUUGCGCUGGUUGUGAACUAAAAAAUCUAGGAUCCUGGAUGUGGGAAGAUAAAAAUACCCUGGAAAAAACUCCAUGCCGAGCGAUUUGUCGGCUCAAUGAAUGCUACUGUUCACCUCACGCUUAUCGCCGAAAUGCAUCAAUGGCUUGCGUGCCUAUUAGUGAAUGUCGUGAACCAAGGAAAAAAAUAAGCGUAAGAUGUGAGAAGGAAAAUGAAAUAUAUAGUUUUUGCAAAGGAUGCGAAGGGAAAUGCGAAACUGGACUAAAACCUUGUCCACACAGAUGUCAUGGAAAAGGUUGUUUUUGUCCAAUGGCAAAGGGUUAUGUUCGUGACGAAGAAGGAAAUUGCAUCCAACUCGAAGAUUGCGAAAAAUAA